AUGGGGAAUUGGUGGCUCUGGCCUCAUGGCAAAGGCGAGGACAGCAGCCUGAUGGAAGCAACAACACCUCCUGAGUGUGUGAAGGAGAGCGGACAGGAAGAGCAGAGGAGGUCACACCUGCCCUGCCCUCCCAGCGAGCCUGCACCUCCCUGGGCCUCUGCUGGCGUCUGCAGCUCCGGCCAAAGCCAAUCCCACCUCCUCAAGGAACCACGGCAUUGA